AUGCAAUCUGAGCGCAGCCGAACAGACGAUGGCAGUAGUAGCCAGACGAUAGAGAGGUCUAAUAGUAGACAGCAGCAAACACACGUCCUCAAGCUACGUGGCCAUCAGCCAGAGCAGAGAUCUGCUGUUAGAUGGGAAGAAGGCACUGUCGAUAACGAGAAUAUGAACAAGAAGAAGUCUAAGAUAUGCUGCAUCUAUCACAAACCAAAGCGUUUCGAUGAGUCCUCAGACGAAUCUGAUUGCAGCGAUAGUGAACAUAAGCCCUGCACCUCAAAGUCUAACAAAUACGACAAUCCAAGCCACAGCCACAGCCAUCCAGAGAAAUCUUAAUAAUUAUUUACUAUAAAUCACGGAUUGUACUAUUAUAUGUAUUUUACACG